CUUUUACCCGCAUACCUCAGAUCAGUUCAUUUACCCAUGUUGGUGGACAGUGGUUUAGUUUAGCGUUUCGUGUACCAACACAAUUUUAUUUGCAACCCUUAAAGUUGUGGCGAAUGUGCAAUUAUAAUCAAGAGGAAGACGCCUCGAUCAUUAUCAGAUAACCUGAGAUCUUAAUAACAUCUCGUUCACGGUUUUACAGAAGUUUCAGUUCUGUUCUAAGUGUUUGUGUAGUUUAGAAAAUGACAGAGGCCGAAAUUUACUCUGUAUAUAAAGGGGUGUACGUCACAGCCCAAUUGUACACUCCUGAAAGUCUAAAAUAUCACGAGGACUUCACUUUCCGCCCGGAUGACAUCCUUAUCGUUACCUAUCCUAAAUCUGGUACGACAUGGACACAGGAGAUCGUGCCUCUUAUAAUGAGUGAGGGAGAUUUUACUCCUGUACUGACUGUCCCAAAUUGGGACAGAGUCCCAUGGCUGGAGGAACGUCGAGCGAUGGCUCUAAAUCUAGAGCAAAGACCCUCACCCCGCAUUUUUGCAACUCACUUGCAUCACCAAAUGAUGAACGAGUCUUUCUUCAAAAUAAAGCCAAGGGUUAUUUAUGUCUUGAGGAACCCGAAAGAUGUGUUCAUAUCUGCUUUCCACUACUAUGGUAUAGCAGCGUUCAUGGCGAAUCCAGGAACACAAGAUGAGUUCAUGGAGAAAUUCCUUGAUGGGAAAGUUUUUUUUGGCUCUUGGUUCGAUCAUGUGAAAGGAUGGCUGAAUGCUGAGGAACCCAUACUGCAUCUAUUUUAUGAAGAGAUGAUAGCUGAUUUGAAAGGAUCUGUAGAAAAAAUCGCAACAUAUCUUGGAAAAUCAUUGAGCCAAGAAGUGAUCGAGAAAAUAGCUGACCACUGUGUCUUCAAGAACAUGAAGCAAAACAAGAUGUCCAACUAUUCUCUGGUUCCUGAAGAGUUCAUGGACCAAAAGAAAUCUGAAUUUUUGAGAAAAGGAAUUGCUGGUGACUGGAAAAAUCAUUUCACUGAGGCUCAAGAGCAGCGGUUUAAUGCUGUGUACAAAGACAAAAUGAAAGAUGUGAAAUUUAAAUUAAUGUGGGACUGAACUAAAUUCAUUCAGUCACUCUUACUUUAAAACUUAAUAGCCUGGGCUGCGUUCCCCGAAACCUUCUUAGCUCUACGUCGUUCUUAAGUUGUACCUUAAGCUGUACCUUAUCGUUAAUACGUGUUUCCCGAAACGUUCUUAGUUACGUAUCUCUUCUGUAAGUCCUUCGUUCGGAAGGUUGGUCUGGAGCACUCUUAGCUAUACCUUAUCCCACUUGACUCCGCUAGGGGCCAUGACUGUGAUAAAAGCUUAUGUAUAUUGCAGUCUAUAUAACUAAAUAUCUAUAAAAAAAAGUUGAAGUACACUCCGUGUUAAAUUAGGCAUUUUUUAUUUAAAGAAUAAAAGAUUCACAUAAUUAGAGAUCAUUACACUGAUGGUUAUUUUAAACUAUUAAAAAAACAUUUUGGGUUUAGGAGUUGGUAAAACUAUGGCAGGCAACUAUACAGCGAAUCUUACUAUUUCAUUUAUGCAUUUCAUAUCCGUUAAAUCUUUAGUUUACCGGCUAUUUUAGCUGCAAUAAAACAAAUCAAGUAAAAUCGCAUGCCACGGGAGCACAUUCAUCACAAAAUCAUAAUUGUUGAUUUUCCUAAAUAUUAUUAUUGAUGUUAAGUCGACUUUGCAUCGAAGUUUUUAAUUUUGAGGCAGCUGCAUGCCAUAUUCUUUAUAAACACUCAAAAGAAACUGCUCCACUUGAUUAUUGCUUGUAUAAGGUCAACAAAUUUUCCACAUUAAAACUAAUCAAAGCUAAAAUCUAAAACAAUCAUAAUAUAUAUUUAUAUAUCAUAUAAUAUAUAUUUUUAUGUUAUAUUUAAGGUAAACAGACAGGCGCGGCUCCAGAAAUGCAUCCGCAUUGUAAACGCGCUGUUGCGCAUCCAGUGUCCAAGCACAUAAACGCGUCAACAAAUGAACAACAAUUUGUUUUUAUAUAUUUUAAGUGUAAUGCCAAGCCAGGUGACUUGCACGACCCACCUUAUUCCCCUGUGCAACGCAUUUAUGGGAACCCCUAAUAUAAAUUAUCCUUUAAAGUGAAGGAAUAAUGGAUGCAUUGGAGCACUUUAUGCAUGAUACUUUUGGACAUGAAGUUGCGAGUUUUGCAUGGGUUUGAUAUAAAAUAAAAUAUUCAAGGUUUAUAUUUAGUUGUUUGCAAUUUGAAAUAUUUUUACCAGAUAUUCCCAAUAAAUGUAACUUGAACUAUUUCUGAAAUGUUUCUUUAAUAAAUAACACCGCUCUCUCAUAACGCAGCGAAGUACCUAUUACAUAAAGUGAACAAUUGAUUGUCGAGCAAUCGAUAUCAACCUAUUCAGCACCAUCGCCAUGGACAGCACCUGGUAACGUCGUACGUAAGAAAGUAUACCUUAAGAAACCCGCUAAGGUACAGUUCGGGAAACACGCCUAGAAAAGGUAAACCUGUAGUGAAGGUUUAACUUAAGAGUCUUCGUAGCGCGCUAAGAGUCAACGUUAUCGGGAAACGCAGCCCAGAUGAUUAUUGACAUUAUUAUUGCAACUGUAUUAACAUUAACUAACACUAAUGCUAAUUAGCAAAUGCAUUAAGUAAGGAAUAAUUGACAAUGGGCCAUUGAAUUAUAAGAAAGUAAUGCACAAUGUUACAUUUUUGAGAAGUAAACUCAGACGCAUUUACCCCAACCUGGUGCUAUUUGCUAUGUUUCGUCUGAUAACAUUUUAUUUGAGGCCCUUUCGUCAUUUGAACUUUGGUCUGAACCUGUAUGCUUCCAGAGACUUUGGAACUGAUUUUAAAUGUGUCUAAAGGAAAAAUGUACUAAUAGUGGUAAAAUCUGGCCUGUAUUUUAAAGUUUGGAAAUUAUUACAGUUAUAUUUUAUAUAAGAAUUUAUUAUUAUUUAUUAAUUCACAUUGAAUGAUUAAAACAUCACAUUUGUUUACCCCUUCAC